AUGGCAGCAACAACUUCAUUUUUCUAUCAUCUUUAUGCGUUCGAUGGUGCAAGAGAUUUUCCAUUUCCAGAAAUUUUUCUACCUCGUUACGAGUUGGAAAAAUUGUACUCCAAAAAUGCAUCCAUGACUAAAUUUAUAGAUGACAUUUAUGCUAGUAGUGGGGUUGCAAUGUCACAAGAUAUCAUUUUCAUCAACAAUUGGAAGUGCACUGAGACUAAGUACAUGGAAUAUUUUUCAAUUUUAACUAAGAAAAAUGUUAUCAGUGUCGGUCCGCUGAUAGGAAAAACAGAGAGCAAAAUGGAAGACUCUGAAAAUAUCAUACAAUGGCUAGACCAAAGGGAUCCAUCUUCAACAUUGUAUGCAGCAUUUGGUAGUGAAUGUGUAGUGAACAAGGAAGAAAUCGAAGAAAUUGCUCGUAGACUAGAGCUUAGUAAUGUUAAUUUCAUAUGGGUUGUUAAUUUUUCAUUUGAUGAGAAGAUUAGUGGUAGCGAUAAGAUUCUGCCAGAAGGAUACAUCGAACGUGUGAAAGAGCGGGGCAUGAUUGUGGCCAAAUGGGCACCUCAAGCAAAGAUACUAAGGCAUCCGAAGAAAGUGGAGGCAGUGUAG